AUGAGCUUGGCUUGCCUCUUUAAGACCUGUGGAAAUAGUUAUUACUUAUUACUACUUGAGGAAAUUACUGUGAUUAAAUCAUUAACACAGCUGGCGUUUAAAAGUUUGAUUCUAUGUUGGAGUUUGUAUUGUUUGGCUAAUUCAGCUUGUGUUUCUUCCAACACUAAGGAUGUUGAGUCCUCGGAUGCAAGUGAUGGGGUUUGUGAGGAUUUAUUGUGCGAUGACGAUGUGGUUUGUGAGGGUGAAUACAGUGAUGAAGAGAGUGACUAUAUGUUUGACAACGACAGUGAUGAUGAUGACUACGAUGAUGAUGAUUCUGAUUACCUGAAAUUGCAAGCGCAAUUUGACAGUAUUGAUUUGCCUGCUGGGGUAGAGGCGGAUGUGUCUUGGUUGAAUAAUCCUGCUCCUAGCUCAACUGUUGCCACUUCUGUUUCUGCACCCCAAGAUUGCUCUUCAGCUCAACCUGCUGGUGUAGGGACAUCUGCAAACUUCACAUCUCAACCUGUUGGAACAAACAUUGAGCCUUCCACUUCAAGCAGUUCUGCAGGACAGAGUUGUAGUGGGAAGUGUGGUGAUCAAGAUGGUGAUGGUAAUGAAGUCAUAAGAAAAUAUCGACAUUUCAAAAAUUUUGAUCUUGUUGAUGCUCCCUCAGACCACUACUACUACAAUAAGGACAUCCUGGGGCAGCGGCCCAAGGCAUGGUUGAAGAAAAUUCAGGAUGAUUGGGAGAUUUUGAAGAAUGGUUUACCUGAUUCCAUAUAUGUGAGAGUAUAUGAAACAAGGAUGGAUCUUCUAAGAGCGGUCAUUGUUGGAGCACAAGGAACUCCCUAUCAUGAUGCUCUUUUUGUGUUUGAUGCCUAUUACCCUCACACAUAUCCUGAUAAACCACCAAUGGUUUACUAUUACUCUGGUGGCUUGAGACUGAAUCCUAAUCUGUACGCCGAUGGAAAAGUCUGCCUCAGCCUUCUCGGCACUUGGCCUGGUGAAAUUCAUGAGAACUGGCAGCCAAAAAAAUCAACCAUGCUGCAAGUUUUAGUAUCUAUACAAGCUUUAGUUCUAAACGCGAAGCCAUUCUUUAAUGAGCCUGGAUCUGAUGGAUCUGAAAAUACUUAUGUUGGUGUUGUGGGGGAGCGAAGGUCCAAAGGUUACAAUGAACAAGUGUUUGUCCUCUCCUUGAAAACAAUGAUGUAUACGCUUCGAAGGCCUCCAAUGAAUUUCGAAGACCUUGUUAUUGGUCACUUUCAGACGCAUGCACAUGAUAUCCUGUCAGCAUGUAAAGCCUACAUGGAGGGUGCUGCAGUUGGUUCUGUAGUCAAGGGAGAAAUCCAGGGCAGUGGUGGCUCAGAAAAGUUUAAGGGAGAAGUAUCUAAAAUGGUGAAUGGCCUUAUUUCAAAUUUCACUAAAAAUGGUGCCAAGGACUGUGACAAGUUCAGACUCACCAGCUAAUACCAAGCAUAUAUAGGAGGAGCAACAUUAUUCUGAUUAAAUUUAUAAUGCUACCUACUUGAUGUAUGUGCUUUAUGCACUCUCCUUAACUGUGUAGAGUAGAAUAUGUUAGGGGUGUGGAUGAUCUGCUACUGCUACUGCAUUGCAUAUCUUAAUAUGCAAACAAACAUUUUAGCUGCUGAAUCUUUAUCGGAUGCACAGAUUUUUCAA